AUGGAUCAUCGCAUCGGCAUCGCCGAGACGAGGCUCCGUCUGGAACACCGUAGGAGGCCACCAGGUAAGUGAGCCUCCAGGAAAGCGAUCGCUGCUCUACUGUCAUUGCUUUUGCUUGUUCGCGCUCGCCUACUCUGUGUCUGUCUUUGUUAAAAACUAACUAUCGUUUUGUUGAGUCUCCACUGUUGCCUCUGCUUCUUGCUGUUCUGCCUGCUUGCUUUUGUCUGCUUGUUCGUGUCGGUCGUUACUCCAAGCUGAAUGUCGUUCUGUUGAUUGCACCUGCUCGCCGUUUAUAUAUUUCAGCAACCAGAUAAACUCGAGAAUUACGAGAAAACUCUGCACCCCACCUCUCUACCCUUCGCUCGUCCCCCUCCCCCCUUUCAAGUCCUAUGGCGAUGUCGUAGACAGUCAAAUUCUUUCGUUCUCCCACUAAGGAAAGACGUAUCCCAUAGGGGAUUUCGUCAGCCCUUUGGAACAACUGAGCAGUCCCAUUUAGGGAGAUAACUGCUCGCCCCCGCGAGGAGAAGGGGCUAAAAAAGGUGCCCUAAACAAAUAAUGGGGAACCACGCCAUCUGCAGACUGACCGUGGUCGCAGAUGCAAAACACACGGUCGAAACAAUCAAAAUCGAAACAGCACUCCUCCUCCUCCUCCUCCUCCUCGCCGCCCUACCCGCCAGACUGGUAGAAUGAGCCCGCCCAUUAUGGCAGCCUGCAAUGUUGGUUCCCUUUUAGACAAUCCGAGGAGCAAUUGACCAGAUCGGAGGACGGCACUAGUGGCACGGAAACUGGGGCUUUAAAAGGUGGGCAUCGCUGCACUCAACAAGAUCCGGUCCCCCGAACAAGGCCAAAUGGAGGAGGUGGGAGCUGAUUGCACCUUCUUCUGGAGCGGUCGAUCCAGAGUCCCAGGUGUCGCCUUUGUCAUCCGGAGCGACAUCGUGGGCAGCUGCCCUGUCUGCCGCAGGGUAUCGUCGAUCGUCUAAUUUGCAUCCGGCCUCCGCUACGGGAAGGCAAAUUCGCACCAUCACCAGCGUCUACGCCCAACCCCAAUGACCAGACUCCGACGCCACAAGGGACAAAUUCUAUGAGGACCUGCACGCCCUCCUGGCGACUGUGUCGAAGGCGGAUAAGUUGAUUGUCCUUGAUGACUUAAACUUCUGCGUCGCGCAGACCAUACUGCCUGGAGAGGGGUGCUGGGUCCAUGGUAUCGACGGCCGCAAUGACAAUGUCCAGCUACUUCUAAGAACCUGCGCAGAACACCGAUUCAUCCUGAUCAACACCUACUUCCGCCUCCCGAUGCGAGAGGAAGCCACCUGGAUGCACACUCGGUUGCGAAACUGGCACCUGCUGGACAAUGUCGUUCGGAGGCGAGACCAACGUGACGUGCUGGUGACAAAGGCGAUUUCGGGUGCCGACUGCUGGACCGACCAUCGUCUCGUCAUCUCCAAGAUGCGGAUUUGCCCGCAGCCUCGCAGGAGACUUCAAGGUAAACGUACCCCUAGGUAAGUCGAAUAUAACUUUGCUGUCGUUUCCUGCUCACCAUCUCCAUUUCAGCAGUGAGCUAGUUCAGCGACCAGCCAGCCUUCCAGUCGCUGCUCCCGCCACCGCCGCCGCCGCCGCCGCCGCGGCCGCCGACGAGAGCGCCUCUGUGGAGAUCGGAUGGUGCCAACCAAGUGACACAGUCCAGUCGACGACGCUGGCCGUCAUCAACAACCUGCUCACCUAG